AUGUCGUCUGUGGCAGGAUCAAAGCGCCGAAUUGACAAUAAGUCGUGCAAAAUCAAGUACAAAGCUCUUAAAGCGUUGGAAAAGGGUACUGCGCCAAAGGAUGUGGCAAAAGAGUUCAAAAUUCCUCCAAGCACCCUGUCAACUUGGAAAAAAAAUAAAGAAAAGAUUUACAAGCAGUUUAACAACGGGCAAACAUCGAAGAGAUCAAAGCCAGAAAAAUUCAAAGAUGUGAACAAAGCUGUUCAUAAAUGGUUACUUAUGAUGAGGAGUGAGAAUAUCCCAAUCAGUGGCCCGAUGCUGAAAGAGAAAGCUCUUGAGUUUGCCGAAGCGUUGGGUGUCGAGUCAUUUCAAGCUUCUCAGGGGUGGAUGGCUAAAUGGAAAACCAGGUAUGGAGUAUCCUUCAAAACCAUCGCUGGAGAAUCACGGUCCGUCACUGAGGAAAUGACAGCGCCAUGGUCGGAGACAACAUUACCAACCAUUCUCUCCCGCUAUCCUCUGGAAGACAUUUUUAACGCCGACGAAUUUGGGCUUUUCUUUCAAUGCCUUCCCAAUAAAACUUUGCAUAUGAAAGGUGAUAAGUGUUAUGGAGGAAAACACAGCAAAGUUAGACUUACUGGUUUAGCUGCUGGUAAUGCCUUGGGGGAACGAUUGCCAAUGUUUGUAAUCGGCAAGUCCGCCAACCCUCGUUGCUUUAAAGGUGUCAAAACACUACCCUGUCGAUGCCGUUCGCAAAAGAAGAGUUGGAUGUCUGGAGAGCUGUUCGAAGAGUGGGUACGCGAGCUUGAUCGAAAAUUCUCUGUCUCUAAGCGAAAAAUUGCUUUGAUUAUUGACAAUUGUACCGCACAUCCUCAUGUUGAAAACCUGGAAUGGGUAGAAUUGAUCUUUCUUCCUCCAAAUACCACGUCCCGAACCCAACCUAUGGACCAAGGAAUUAUCCGCGCCCUGAAAGCAAAAUAUCGAUCGCUAGCAGUGCGGAAAUUGAUAAAAGCCUUGGACGAGGAAAAAUCGACUCCGAAGUUCUCGAUUCUUGCAGCUAUGUACAUGCUAAGGAAAGCAUGGGAUGAUGUUUCCAACAAAACAUUCACCAAUUGCUUUCGAAAAUCAGGAAUUUCCCAAAAGGAUGCAGAAAGAGCGAUCAACGAAGAUUACGACCCUUUUAAAAGUUUAACCAGCGAAGUAGAAGAAGACCCAAUUCCAACCCUCGAUGCUGAACUCUCUUACAUAAAACGAAGGUUUCCUGACCACAUUGAUCCUGACUUAUCAACUGAAGAUUUCGUUGAUUUUGACAUUGAAGUCAGUACAUCCCAUGGGCGUCUGAAGACUGCUGACAUCAUUGCUGAGAUCACUGGGACUCAAGACGAAGAAUUAGAAGAGGUCGACGAAGAAGACAAGGAGGAAGAAGAUAAGAUCACAAGACCGACGGCCGAGCAAGUGCGUACAGCUAUCAACGUCCUCGAAGACUUGAGUAUUUUUUCACAUUUUGGAGAAGAAAUGAUAGCUUCCCUGAGGGACUUGAAUCGUAAUAUCGCCAAAGAUUUUGAUAUGAGUUGUAAGCAAACAGUUAUCACCGACUUCUUUUCUAAAUAA